AUGGUUAAGCGAAGCAAGCUCCUUUUGGCCCUCGACGCCCACAAGGGUCGGGAUUUCGAGGCUGAGAAGCGGAAGAAGUUGGUGAAGACCGCGGAAAAGAGAAAGGCUGCUAAGAAGUCUGUUGCCGCUCCCGAGGACAAGAUUGUGGAGGAGAAGGAAGAAGAAGAGAAGGCCGCCAGCUCUGAAUCCGAAGAGGAAGAGGAAAAGGCCGACGAGGACGAGGUCAUGAAAGAUGAUGAGGAGGAAGAAGAAGAAGAGGAGGAGGAAGAGGAAGAAGAAGAUAUCCCACUUUCCGACCUUGAAGAAGACGAGCGCGAAGAUGUCAUCCCUCACCAGCGCCUGACCAUCAACAACUCCGCCGCCAUUACCUCCGCCCUCAAGCGCAUCUCCUUCAUCGGCCCCCAGACCCCAUUCUCAGAGCACAACUCGCUAGUCUCGAAAGAGCCUAUCGAGAUCGAAGAUGUCCAUGACGAUCUGAACCGUGAAUUGGCUUUCUACAAGGUCUGCCAGGCCGCCGCUACCCAGGCCCGUGGCAUGCUGAAGAAGGAGGGCAUUCCCUUCACACGACCAGGCGAUUACUUUGCGGAGAUGGUGAAGAACGAUGAGCACAUGGCUUUGAUCAAGAAGAAGCUCUACGAGGAGGCUGCUGGCAAGAAGGCUUCUGCUGAGGCGCGCCGCCAGCGCGAUCUUAAGAAGUUCGGCAAGCAGGUGCAGAACGCCAAGUUGCAGCAGAGACACAAGGAGAAGCGCGAGAUGUUGGAUAAGAUCAACACCCUCAAGAAGAAGCGCAAGGCUGAUGGCUCUGCCCCUACCGAUGACGCCAAUGAUAUGUUCGACGUUGCCAUUGAUGAAGCUACUCAGCCUGAGAAGAAGCGCAGCCGUGGCGAUGGCCCCGGCGGCUCCAAGCGCCAGAAGAAGGAUGCCAAGUUCGGAUUCGGAGGCAAGAAGCGCCAUGCUAAGAGCGGUGAUGCCGCAUCCAGCGGUGAUCUGAGCAACUUCUCCGCCAAGAAGAUGAAGGGUGGCGCAAAGCGACCUGGUAAGAGCAAGAGAGUCCAUGCCAAGGGACGCAACUGA